ACAGUGAAUUAUACAAUGAUAGUGGAAUAGUCAUAGAUAAUAAAAUUCUGUUAUACAUGGAAAUAGUGCGUCUAAGGACAUUUGCUUCUACAUACACCUUAUAAUCACGGUUUAUGUUUAAUUUAAAAUCUAAUAAAUCCUCUUCGUUCAAAACAGAACAGCAUAGCAUCAAAUAUUACAUAGAUCUAUUAACUAAAUAGUUAAUAGGUCUAUGGAAUAUUAUUUAUAUUGUAAUAUAAUUAACUUCACAGUAAGUAGUAAGGACAUGCAAAUUGAUGAAUUAACUUUUGCUUUACUUCAUUCAAUUUGGAACCUGAAACAGAAACUUGUUCUUCAGUUAUAACAAAUAAAAAUAUAAGAAAUAAGAAAAUUGGUGUUAAUGACAAUAAAAUAAAUAUAUUACACAGAAAAAGAUCUAACAAAAAAAAAAAAAUGUUAAAAAAUGAUGAUAAUUCUGUUAUCGAAGUUGAUGUUCAUAAUGAUAAAAUUAAAAAAUUACCCGCUAAUAUAAAUUUUUAUUUUCAAGUAUAUUGUAAUUCUGAUGAUUUAUCAUGGUCUGUUGAUGAAAGUUCUUAUUUAACUGAAGGUGAUUUAGAUGUUCCGUUGUUUUCUGAAGUUAUUAAUGAUGAACAUAAAAAAAAUAAUAAAGAAGUAUUAAUACCUUUAAAAAAAUUAGAAAACAGUUUUUCUGGCCAAGAAAACUUAGAAGAACUUGGAAUUGAAGAAAAUUCAAAUUUACCAGUUGCCAAAAAAUUGAAACGUUCUCUAGAUGGAGAUAUACCAAACUCUAAAAUAAUUAACAUUGAUGAAAUAAAUCUAUUAGAUAUGAAAUUAAAAUCUAAGUUGAGGGAAGAAGUGAUUUUGAAUAAAAAUAUAAAUAAAGACCAAGACAUUAAUGAAACCAAUUUAAUUUCUAUUAAUUCUUGUAAAUUACCUGACCUGACUCAUUUAACUGAUAUAUAUGGCCCUUCUUGCUCAAAAGAUUUUUGUAGCUUACCGGGUCCAUCUAAUUAUUCUAAGUCACUUAACUUACCUAACUCAUUUGAUGCAAAAUUAAAUGACAGUGCUUCUGAUGAAAAUAUUGUAGAAGAUACAAGUUAUUUGUUAGAUUUUUUUAAGGAAUGUUUUUUAAAAGAUUCUAUUGUACCAAUGGCAGUACCUGGAGAUAUUGAAGUGACGCAAUUGGAAGAAUGUGAUUAUUUUAAAUUCAAAGAAAAAUCUCUUGGAUUAGAAAAUGAUAAUGAAAAUUCAGAUCAAGAAGAGUCUAAUGAUUUUAUUGAAGAUUCUGAUGUUGUUAACUCAGAAAUAAUUUAUAAUAUUGAUCUUAAUGAACAUUAUAAACAGAUGGAUAUUUUAGUUCAAAAAAUUUCUGAAACACCAGAUAAUUUAACAGUAUUACAUGAAUGCAUGAGAUUACCACCUAUACCUCAAAUUGAACAUCAGCAGAAAACGUUUUCAACAGAAGAACGCUUAAUGUUUAAGAACGGUUGUUCAAAAUAUGAUUAUCAAAUUGAUCGCGAUGAUUGGACUAAGAUAAUGGUUAAACGUGCAGUCAUUUUUACAGCUCAUGCUGGAUUUAAUAUAGCAAAUGAAGAAAGCUUGUAUGUGUUGGCAGAUGUAAUGAUUGAUUAUAUAAAACGAAUAGCUGUUAUUAUGAAAAAGUACUUUGAUAUUCAAUCAAAUUGUUCAUAUCCUACUAGUGUUGAUCCUAUUAAUCUUACUCUUCAAGAGAUUGGUGUUGAAGGUGGAAUAAGAGAAUUGUUGCAACAUUAUAAAAAUGAUGUAUUUGAUAGACGCGAUAAGCUAAUAAACAAAUGUCAACAUUUGCAAAAAAUCAUUGAUCAGUAUAUUGAACGUAUGAAACUUGAUAACAGCAUUAUAAAUCAUUAUGUAACUAACGAGGAUUUUACAGACGAAACUAUACCAAGUGAAAUUAUUUUACAAAAUAAUGAGAAUGUACCAUUACCAGAUAAUAAUGAAACUGAAUCAGUAGUUGAAGUUAAUGCUGAAUUUCGAUCAUUAUUAGAAGAAAAUCAAAAUGAAAUCCAAUCAACAACAGAAGAAAAUAUAGCUAAUACUGAACUUAAACUUACAGAACCAGUCUUCAUUGAUAAUAUAUCAGAUAUGGAACCUAAAAUGGAUAACAAUUUAAAGAAUAUUAUAAGCAUUACAGAUGAUUCUAUGGAAAUUAGAGAUAGAAAAAUUAAUAAUAUAAAAACUGUGAACACUAAAAUAAUGGAUAUUGAUCUUUUAAAACCAUUAACUUUUUCUGCAGAUAAUGAUAUAAUAACAAAUGAGAAUAGACUUUGUGAAAAUGAAUGCUUUACAAAAUUAGAUAAAGAAAAAAUUUUAAAAAUGUGGAAACCCUCUUGUGAGAGUUAUUCAGAACGAAAAAAGAAAAGGAAGUUAUUAGAUCGAACUGAAGUGGAACAAAUGAUGGUUAACUUAUAUCCUGAUAUUUAUCCACGUGCUCCUAAGGAGAUGAGCGAAUUAGAAAAAGGUUUCGAAAUAUUUAAAAAGACUCUUCUUGAACGCAAAAAGGCAUCUAAGAAUGCAAGAUCAUCUAAAAAAAAGAAAAAAAAAGCUGAAGAUAACUUAACAUCCAAUCAAACAAUAAUUUUUUCUAGUGAUUCAGAUAGAAAAAAGGCAAUUAUUUUGGAUUCAAAUAACACUAAUCAUAAUUUUCCUGAUAACAAUUUAAAUGUUAGUGAUAAUGACUAGGUUUUUAACAAUCAAAAUCAUUAAAUGAUCAAUGAAAGUGGUUGAGUAAUUAUGAAAAAGGAUUAUUCAUUUAAAUUAAUUGAACAAUAUAUUAAGGAUAAUAUUAGUAUUAGUAUAAGUUAUUAGAGAGUAACAUGUGCCAUGCAUUAUUGAGCUCUUUAGUAGUUUGUUGUU